UUUGACCUGUACGGCCGUGUGCUGAAACGCUUUUUGACACAAAUUUUCUUGUUCCGCCAUUCAACUUUCCAAAACAUACAAAUCAUCCCUCGUUGCAAUACGCGUUACCCGGGAAAAAAAUAGAACGGACUAAGAAAAGUUAGUCAUAACUGUGCGCAUUCUGUGUGUGUAGAAUUUCACCGGUCUGAACCGAAAGCAAACGGAAUCUAAUUACCCGGAAGUUCUCCGAAGCAAGCGUUUUACACUACCCCUCUCUCGAGGGAGCAAACCGGCAACUAGUACCGCCAUCAGAAGUCCAAUUAUUAUUGGCAAAUCGAGUCAACCAAAUUGGUAAUUGAUUUUCGUUCGCUAUCUCCUCAAUCAUUCGAGCUCGCACAUCAUUAUCACAUCGUCACCAUCCCGUUUCUCGUUCAUCAACACCGUCCCUGUCGAUGCACAGGAUCUUAAAGGCAUAGCUAGCCCCCAGAGCCAUCGACUGAGUGAAGCUAAUCUCUGCUCGAAGCAUCCGAGACUGGUAAAGAUUUUUAUAAGCUUGUAAUAGCAUCACUCCAGGGCAUACGGAUUCGGUUACACAUACACGCUGCUCGGUGUACUCGGCGAAGAAAAGCAAGUCGGUUAAACAAACGUUCAGGAAUAUCCUGCAGAGGAGAAAGUGGCUCGAGCAGAAGAAAAAGUCUGUUUCAGAGGAAAUCGUAAUCAGUAGACAAAUUAGUCGGAUAUCAGCACUUAGCCAAGUGCACUCUUUUAGUGAUUUGUAACUUCUACGUGUGUGUCUUAGUAGAUAAGUGUAAUUGUAGAAAUAUUUUUCGAGCAACUUCAAGCAAACAAACAUCCUAGAGUAGUUUGUACUAUUGUGUACUUGAUAAACAAUUGGUAGAAUACAAAAACAACAACAAAAAGAAAAAAAAUCGUACCACCCAGGAUUCAAUUAUCUUGUAAGCUCAUAACAGUGAAAUUUAAUCAUAUACCGUUGAUUUGAUUCCGAACGAACAAAGCCAUCCUCCUACCCACAGGAAAAGUUGAAAAGCAAUAACUACUCUGUGCUAGCAAACAUUCCAGUAAUUGAGGUUUCAUUUCAUCACAUGAAAACGUCGUUGUUAUAAUCGAUUGUUUUAUAAAUAGAAGGCUACCUUCCGAGAUAAAGGAACACAAGGAUUUUGGACAUACUCCAACCUUACGACCAGUCAGCAAGGGUGUAAGUUUUCGACGUCGGAGAAAAAAUCAACAGAACAACAAACUGCUAGAGGCGGCUCACCUUGUUGGAAGAUAAGAAAAAGAAAUAUUAGUGAAUUGUGACAGUGGCUAGCUACGAAGGCUAGCAUCGAAAUAUCCCCACCGUUGCUCGGACUGUUGGAGCCUAUUGAAAAAAAAACUCAACAAAAAGAAACCAAAAUUACUUCCUGACUCGUCACGUGCUUCCCCACUUGACACAGUUGGGACGGCUCAUGUCUUUGUAGAACGUUCGGCUGACACGGCGGAUACAAAAAAAUCUUCACUCGGCUUGCUAACAGAACCCUGUUCGUAAUUAAGGCAAUUGAUACCGGGUCCCGGCAGUGCGCACUGAAAGAGCUACCGAGAGCCACCCAUUCCAGGCGGCAGCGGCAGCAGUAAUAGCGGAAGGAUAUCACGAUCCGAGAUUUUGCUAUUCAUCUCACAUCGACCUAAUUGAUUCUCCUUCCCCUGGUGCUGUGGUUGGUCAUGCGAAAAUCCAAGUGUGCAUCGCUCGGCACAGAUCCCUUUUGAAAAGGUUCGAUUCUUUCCUUGACGUUUUGUAAAAGCGUUUUUAAUUUACUUAAUCCUCCGACGUGAGACAUACGCAUACAAACUUUUACACAACCCGAACAGUACAGUAACAGUGCAAAAAAAGUGAAACACAGAAUCAAAGGAAGCAAGCAGCAGAUCCGAGAAAAAGGAGAAUAAGAAGAAAAAAAGUGCAAAAAGUGCUAAAGUGCUGCUGCUAACAGGCAAAGGCAAAGCUUCCAGUGAAUCAACAACGCCAGAGCGAGCGGAAAAGUUUUAAAUUAAUCAAGUUUUUCGCGCGUGAAGAAAGUGAAUAUAUUGGAACCGUCAUCAGCAAUAGCAGCAGCAGCAGCAGCAAUGGAGGAAGCCAAGGCUAAGCUCACCGAAAUCAACCUGUCCGACGACCCGGCAGUGACGCUCACCAUCCGUCUCAUCAUGCAGGGCAAGGAAGUCGGAAGUAUAAUUGGCAAAAAAGGAGAAAUCGUCAAACGUUUCAGGGAAGAGUCCGGUGCGAAAAUCAACAUAUCAGAUGGAUCCUGUCCGGAGCGGAUCGUCACGGUGUCCGGUUCCCGCAGUGCUAUCUACAAAGCCUUCACACUGAUCACAAAGAAGUUCGAAGAGUGGUGUUCACAGUUCCAAGACAAUACUAAUGCACAGGGUAAAACACAGAUUCCAAUCCGCUUAAUCGUGCCAGCUAGUCAGUGUGGUUCUCUAAUCGGAAAGGGUGGUUCGAAGAUCAAGGAGAUUCGUGAAAUCACAGGGUGCUCCAUCCAGGUCGCUAGUGAAAUGUUGCCAAAUUCGACGGAACGGGCCGUCACGCUCAGCGGUUCGGCAGAUUCGAUCACACAGUGUAUCUAUCACAUAUGCUGCGUCAUGCUGGAGUCGCCCCCGAAAGGAGCCACCAUCCCGUACCGGCCAAAGCCCCAGAUGAACGGACCGGUCAUAGUUGCGAACGGUCAGGCGUACACCAUCCAGGGCAAUUAUGCCGUACCGACACAGGAGACCUGCACAGUAUUUCCACUAGCCAUAGCCGGUGGCUUGCAUGCGGCAGGCAUCUCAGGUUUAGUCGAUCCAUUACUAAAAGGAACACAUCUACAAGGAGCGAUACCUCCACAUCAUCUACAACCGAUACCUGAUGUUGCCGGGCUUGCCAAGAAUCCGCUAGCAGGACUGGCCGCUCUUGGACUCGCCGGUGCUAUUCCGACCAACACGGGUGGACUGAACCCAACAGGUGAGUUGGUUUCCCCUCCAUCUGUCGCAUCGCCUAUAGCUCUCGCGGCCCUAGCCGGAUCGCAGCUGAGGACCAACAACAACCGCAGUGUGACCCAGGUUCAGUCCCAGUCCCACGAGAUGACAGUGCCAAAUGAUCUGAUCGGGUGCAUCAUCGGCAAGGGUGGUACCAAGAUUGCCGAAAUUCGUCAGAUAUCCGGUGCGAUGAUCCGCAUCUCGAACUGUGAGGAACGUGACAGCGGCAACACCGACCGGACCAUCACCAUCACCGGCAAUCCGGACUCGGUGGCUCUGGCGCAAUAUCUGAUCAACAUGAGCGUCGAACUGCAGAAGGCGAAUCUAGGCGAUGACAGUGCCGGCAGUGGAGGUUCCGGUCCCGGCGGUAACCCGCUGCUACAGAGCGGCAACAGCACCAGCAACAACAGCUCCGGCAGCAGCAACCCGUCGUCCUCCGGGCUCGGCGGUAAUCCGCUCGCAUCGGCCAUCCCGUUGGCGCAGUUGCUUUCGAAGCCCGGUGCGCUGAAUGCCCUGACCAGCCUGUCGGCCCUCGGCGGACUUACCGAUCUGCUCGGUAAUCUGUCCAGUGGCAGCACUGGCACCGGGCUCGGUUCCAUUCAGACCACCGGCAUUAAUCGGCCCAAAACCACCCGGAUGCGGUCCCCGAACAGCAACAGCAGCAUGAACGGCGACAGCAAUAAGAAAAGCGAACGUAAUAAGUUUAAUCCCUACUAAAACCAAACUGGCGGCGGCGGCGGCGGUGGUGGAGCUUAAGUAACUUCCGGUCGUAGAAGCAUCCGUGUGUAAGAAAAGAAAAAGCGAGUAGGGUUUUUUGGUAGGCAAAGUUUAAUUGCGAUGACACUUUAGCGUAGUAGAUGUUUGAGCAGGAAGCGAGGAGGAAGGGCGGAAGAAGUCAACAGGGAAAGUCAAACAUAAAUUUAUUAUAGCGCUGACGAUUGGAAGAAAAGUUUUGCCGGUAGUGGAUUUUUUUUAUAUACAUAUAUUUUCGUCGAAUGAGCGAGCUUCUUCUGCCCUUUGGCGUCGCUUUCCUAUCGUAGAGUUCGUGUCACCGCACUAGCAGUAGCGUGCUAGUGGAAAAUCAAUCUCCAGAGGGAGCAAAGUCUAGGCGAGGAUAGGCGAGGCAAAAAUGCUGAAGCAGAAGAGAUAAAAAAUUUAUUUAUAGAGUUUAAUUCAAUUAAGAUUUAAAAUAGGAUCACGAUCAGCAGCAGUCGACGAAAAGAAGAGAUAGAGAGCGAGGCAGAGAGAGAGCAAUGGAUCUAGCUUUUCCUUUUGCUACUCGGUUACAUUUAUCCUGCUAUAUAAAGUUUUGAUGCGGGCUGGCGCGAGGAACGAACAUGCUGCCAAACCGGCGACACGAGACAAGCGACACAUCCAGCGCCCGAAACUCCAAUCCAAUUGUACCAGAUAGAGCACGAGUUUUGAUAGUCUCGACACCGAACGCUAUUAUUAGCCUGCUGCCGUCGGGUUAGUGCAGUUUGCUAAAAUUAUCCGCGAAUGCACGUUUUGCAGCAAGGUCCUGCAAGGGUUGUGGCGACCGAAACCGAAGAUGGAUGGAAGUUUACAAUUUUUGCUUUUGUACUUUUAGUGGCCCGGUCUCUCUUCGUCGAACCGUGCCCGAGUUGGUAGGUAGUUCGGUUCGUUCGUUCGUUCGUUCGAAUACGACUUGGAACGAGAUUUAAUUUUUUUUUUGGUUUGGAUUUUUUGCUCCAUCAAUUUCAUUCCUGUCUUGCCGACAAUUAGGCAGUGCAGAUUCUAGGUUUAGUUGAGGUAGUUUAUUUUGAUACAAUGCUAUUUUCGAGACGUGCAUUUGGCACGUGUAUAAUUCCAACGCUAUCCUCCGUGGUUGACGACGAAUAAAGUGCUAUAAUUGUAAGUUUGCGAACGUAAGAUUGUUUUCCAAUUUUAGUAUGGGAUCAUCACGGUUGUUGGCCAUCUCCGUGAGCUCGAUGUUGAAGCAUUCCGGAAGGCCUGAACAUCUCUGCUGGUAUCAUCGUAUUUGACAGUCAUCAUUUUUGGUUUAAAUUUUUUACCUAUUGAAUUAUUUUGUACUGUAAUUUUCCCAGUAAAUCAUGUAAAUUUAUUAAAUAAUAUUUAUUCGCUUUCGAGCAUUGAAUGAUGGGUUUUAUUAUCGUUAAAAAGGUAUUCUAAUUACUCAACUGAUAACCAAGGAGUUUUGACUGCUUAUCUAAACUUAAUCAAUCAUUUUCAACUAAGAAUCGGCCAAAGACUGGGGUGAACAAAAUUUGAUUCUUGUAAUUUCUAUAAAAUACUGGUAAUUUUGCCGAAUUGUGUUUCAUCUCACACCUAUGGUCAAUUCAUUGAACGGGUUAAUUAUCCGAUGGCCGAACCGAAUAAGAUGUUUGUUUCGCACAGGCAUAGGCAUUCUAAGCUUUUGCCAGAGUGGCAAGUGACCGGGAAAAUCGGGAAAAAGUCGGGAAUUUGGUUUCACCUGGAAAACCGAGGGAAAAAGUAGGGAAUUUUAGUGAUAAACCGGGAAAAUAUUACUAACUCAAAGCUAAGUAAUAGUUGUUAGCAGCAUGAAAAGUAGGAGACAAUACCCAAUGUUGCGUUUGAGCGAGAUGUUCAGUAAAAGUGUUGAAACAAUUUAUUGUCCCAUACAGGUUCUAUGUUGAACAUUCCAUUGGAAAUUGGACCAACACCCCAACCAUUUUUAAGGGCUUGCAGGCAGUUUUAGAUCAAUCAGGAAGCAUCAGAGUUUGUCUAGUUGUUAACAAUAACAGCGCAAUGAAAGCUUAUUUUGAAAAAAAUAAGGAUAUUUUGGAUGCUUCUGUUGGAUUUUUAUUAAGUUUUCGAAUAAGUAUUCAAAGGUAGCAGGGAAAUUUUCUAAUAAAAUUAUUAAACAUUCUUAGGCGUCUUCAUGUUUUUAAAUUUACCAAAGAUUGCCCUUGUUUCAUCAUGAUUUGUCUCAGUAAUGUCAUCUUGAGACAAUAUUUGUGUUAUGCUCAUAUUGCUGUGAGAUGUCAAUGUCAAAAUUUUGUUACAUGAGAAUUUAAAAUUAAUUACCUAAUAGGUCAUUGUUAAUAAUUGGUUUUGUGGUUUCCAUCACAAUCAGAGCAUGACAAUUCAUCUGAGGGUAUCGUUCAUUGAACAGACGUGUUUGCAAGCGAAUUACUAUAAUUUAAAUAGCGUAUGUCCAUAUGACAAUUUGUUGUACCAUGGCCGAAGCCAUGACAAUGACGAUAUUGCGUUAGGUUCGCUGUGCCAUCAUCCUGUUUAUAAUUUUCCCACCGAACUGAUAUUUCCACUUUCACUUCCGGAAGGAACGAAGAAAACUCUCUUCAAAAUGCUUUGAAAUUGCAGGCAUACAUUGUUGUUGGUUUUUCAGAGUGGCUAGUUUCCAUUUUAAUAAUUUUGGUUCCUUGUUUAUUUAUUUUCCAUAUUGAUUAAUUUUCUCGGAAGAAAUCGGUUACGUGCAUCCAAAACCCCAAGAUGACUAGAAAAAGGCUCUAUACUAUUUAUACUUCGAGAUGUACCGAAAAGUACUUCAAUACUUGAUUAGUGAGCCUAUUUUAAUGUUCUUUUUUGGACAUGGGAUAUCUGUGAAAAGCAAAAGGAAUAUUGAAAAAAAAAACUAAAUAGAGGCGAUUUGAGCCUAUUCCAAAAACCCGGGAAUUUUAAUCUCACAAUCCGGGAAAAAACCGGGAAAUCCAAAUCGACAAUUCACUUGCCAUCCAGGGGACGGGUAUAGCGUGAUGGGUAAGUCGAUGCCUUUCACGCAGCCCGCCUGGGUUCGAUUCCCAACCCCGCCGCACAUAGGGUCAGAAAGUUUUUAUGGCCCGAAGAGGCGAAUGCCACAAAUGUUAAAGCCUCUAUAAUUGAAACAAAAAAAAUUUGGCAUCCUGUUUUGCGAAACAAAAACAAACAUAAAUUUGACAGACUAUUUCUCACCAAAUAUAUUCUGUCUUAAGUGACUAAAAGUAAGAACUUGCUUCAAAUGAUAUUCUAAAUGCCCAUAGCCUUUUUGGAGUAACACUGGAAAAAUUCCAUCCUUUCCAAGAGACUUGUACGAAGCAAAACACUCAACUGCCAAUUUGACCGAUUCAAUCGUCACUUUUUUUCGAGAAAGUGCCUGUAAGGUUCUGUAAUUCACUGAAAAAAUUCUUAAGGGCUGAGGCCAGUUUGUUUUAGGGCGUUUUAGAGGGCUAUUUUCACGCUUCAAAUCUGAUUUUCUCAGAAACGGUGACGAAUAUCAAAAAACCCAACUGACAAUCUCUUAGAAAAUUAGUUUAGAUCAUUCUGUGAAAAUUUCAGAAUGAUUCAUUGACUUUAGCGGUCGGGAAAGUCUUUUUUCUGAAAACGCCAACUUUCAACUUGUUCAUUGAACAUCUCGCCUUCAAAAGCAUGGAUCAAAAAUCUAUCCUGGCAAUGUCUAGAUAAUUUAAUUUAGAUGCGAUUAGUGCAUAAAAACAUAUAUGUUGUCGCGAUAAAAAUGAAGUGAAAGUUAUUUUUGUGAAGGUUAGUUGAUUUCUAUAGCGGCGCCAUUUCAGUUCCCUGGUAACGUAACGAAACAUGAGAAACAAAUAAAAUCGGCUCAGAAAGACUGCAAACAAGCGGUAGCUUUAUUGGAUUUUAUGUGAUGUAGUCAGAGUUGCACUCAGUCGUGAUAAUCAUUCACACGUCAAAGCUACGAGAUAGGUCUGUCACGAACCAAAAUGAUCGUCAUUCAAAGAUGAUCGAAUUGAUGCAAUGGGUAGCGUACGGCGAACAGGAACAUCAGUGACGCGAGAGUGGCAACACGCUGAGAGUAAAAUGAUUCGAAUGAGAGAAUAGAUCGGUUAUUCUCUGUUUGUUUUUAUAUGAUCAGUUUAAAGUUCCGUACAGUUUUUUGAACUAUAAAUUGAAAAUGGAAUGUUUAGAAUCACUGGAUUGCUCAUAAAAACUCCUAUCCUUAACUUCUUGCCAUAGCAAUGGUGGAAUUAGCUACUCCAGCAAGUCAAAUAUCAGUGAAACGUGCAUUCCAGUUCAAUUUAGAUUCGGUUUCAUCAGACUUUCAGACAGGUAUCUCUGAAGAAGUUUUAGAGGACGUUUUACUCGCUAAACUAACUAAACAGUUGUUUUAUAAUACUCUUCCCACACUCUAUGAUUGGAAAAAAUUGGACUACAACAUAUCCAAAACAAUUAUUACAUAACGCACUGCAGUAUACAUUUCAUGUAGUAUCCAGAUGUACAUUUUCCGCUCUAGUUGAACUUGGAAGACAUGAAAUAUACAAAGGAAUUUGAAUGCAACUGAACACGUACAAUUACUGUAUAUACAUAUGAAGCGUUCUUCCUUUUCUUUUCCAUGAAACUGUGCAGAGAAAAAUUAUUAAACUGAAAGUUUCGGAUUCUUAAAUAUGUAGUUAUGUUACAUCACCACAAUUUGCAUUGAAAGAAAUACAUCAAAUAUGCACUAUUCGAUUUCUAUCUAGACAAAAGUGUUUUGUUUCAUUUAUUUUUAUCUAAAACUGCCUACUACGAUUAAAAAUGUCAUCGAAACACGAUCUCGUAAAGAGAGGUGAGAUUUUUACUCUACAAAAGCUGUACAACAGUCAGUUACUAAUCGUAGUAAUAAAGCCUACUUUGAUGUUCAUAAUCAUUCUCUGACAUCAUUUAACGUACAAAAAAAAUGCAAGUCUGGUGUUGAUUUUGUUUUGUUAGUAAAUCUUCGGUAAUGUUAAAAAUCUAUGAGUUUGAUAUUAUGAUCGCUGGUAUGAGAAUCGGUUUGCUUCAAUUUUCAUAUAGAGAUUGAUUCAUUGGAUUACGAAUGCAUUUUUUAUCUUCCUUCUGUGAACUAAGAUAUAUCGAGAAAACGUUGUUUUUAACGAAUUUUUCUUGCAAUUGACGAUCACGACGAAAAUUUUAGACAUUGACCGUCACUCUGAGAUUUCCAUCAUAGUGAUUUGUCAUCAAGUGAGCAUCAGACUGAACUGACGGAAUAUAUCUCUCAGUGAAACUCAUACAUUAUUAAUGACAGUAUGUGUAGCUUUUCAGUGAGAGAGCAUGCAAGAGAAACGAUUCUUUUUGGAACGCUUGUGUUCGUCAGUGAAUAUUCUUUGUCAACGGAUACUGAAUGCAACACUGGAUGUAGUCAAACUUGUAACCGUACAUAUCAAAACUUUCUUGGCAGCCCUUAAGAACAGCUGUCGAUGAUAGCUCCAGUCUACCUAAAAACACCUUCAUAAAAAAUCUAAAUUGUUGAUCGAAAAAGUAACAUAUGUGAUCAGACAGUGAAGGUUCGAACUUACCGAUGACAAACCAAAUGUAAAGUUCUAUCGAAAUCAGAGUUACAAUUUGUCAGUUACAUAUUUGACUUUGACAGAUUGGCUAAAAUCGUCGUCAACUGUAGUCUGUACUGUAAAAGUGACUGUCAAAUGAGAUACUUGAUAGUUCUAUGACUAAGCAGAAGUAUAUUCAGUUAAAGACAGGCAGAAGUAUAUUCAGUUAAAGACACUCCUGUAGACUAAGGAGUGUAUCGAAAAGUAGUUAGCAACUAUGAUUAUUGAAUAAAAAAGCGAAAAAAAAACACAUAUUUUGACAUCAGUUUUCGAUAUAUUGUAGAAAAAUUACAUUUUUAUGCAUUUCACUGAUUAUAUUGAAAAAAAUCUUAGUUUCUGUGAAACGCUCGCACUUUGGACUUGACAUUCUUCAUUAAAUUCUGCACAGUUACUUUUGUGACUGGAAGGUGGCAGCUGCUUGACAAUUGCCCAAUACCUUUCAAAUGGCCAAAGAUCCUGGCAUUUCGGUGGGUUGAUGUCCUUUCUCACGAAUUGUACAUUAUUUCUUGACAACCAAUGUAGAACGGAGUUGGCGUAGUGGGCUGAAGCCAAAUCCGGCCAGAAGAGAGGAGGAGCCUUAUGCUUUCUGUAUAGUGGCAGCAUUCUCUUCUUCAAACAUUUUUCCUCGUACACCUUGGCGUUAAUUGUGCCCUUCGAGAAGAAAAUCGACGACCGCAAACCACAGGUACAAAUUGCUUGCCAGACCAACACCUUCUGCCUAAACUUUUCCAUCGUUACCGUGGUAUCAGCGUCGUCCAGGUCCUGGUACUCCGAUUUCGUCUAAUAUUGCGGUCCGGGCAGCGCUCGAGAGUCUUCCUUGGCGUAGGUUUCGUCGUCGAUCAGGAUGCAUCCGUCUUUAUUCUGUAGAAUCCGGUUAUACAGUUUUCGCGCUCUUGUUUUGGCCUGAACUUUCUGUACCAGGGACUUUUUCGGCACCUUCUGUUUCUUGUACGUUUUGAGGGAGUUCCGAACUUUGAUCCGUUGAAUCAUCACGAUGCUGGUGUUGAACUGCUUGGCCAAAUCCCGCGUCGACGCCGAUGGGUUUUUCCUGAUGUACUCAACCACUUUUAAGUCCCGGCCGGGCUGGCUGGGACCCGUUUUCCUACCGGAUCGGGGCAAAUCCUUCAUGGAAAGGGUCUUACCGAACUUCUCGAUAAUAUUUUUGACACUGGUGUGGUGCACUUUCACCCGUUUUGCAAUUUCGUUGUACGUGACACCACUUUCUGAGCACCAAGUGUGCAGAAUUUUCUUUCGCGUUUCCGGAUCAAUUCGACUCAUCAUUCUUCUUCUUCCUUUCUGGUUGGCGUCACCUCACUUGAGAUGACGCCGAAUUGAUGGCACAGCAACUAAGGCUAUAUUGCCAGUUAAUUUUCGUUUAUAGUCCAGUGGACUUUCUUUUCACUUGACUACAAGCGAAAAUCUCGCUGUGUGGCUGCGUCGAAUCGUCAAAGUACGGCUGAAAAUCCUUUCUUUCUUGCGAAAUACUCGAAUUUUCCCCGGACUAACACGAUGCAACGUGCUCACCCGUUGAGAGUUUCACCGGAAGUGCGACUCAUCAUUGAAACGAUAAACCGUACCGAAACCAAUCGAUUGCGCAGCUGUUAUUGACAUGUAAACAAACAUGUCACCGCAAAACACGCUGCAAAAAAUUAAGCCAUUUUAUAGUAAUAACUGUUUGAAUGUUGCUAACUACUUAUCGAUACACUCCUUAAGCUUACGUUUUCAAUCUUACAAGCGGUUGCAGGCGAGGCCCAUUUGAAAAUGCUUGCAGUUCACCUCUUAAAAAAUAAAAAAAAAUGCUAUCAACAACGCCAACUUACAAAUCGAACACGACUUCACUUGUUCCUUCUUCGAAAACCAGAACAAACAAACAAAAAAACUCGACCCAGAAUCACCGCCGGAAAAUCAAAGCAGAUUACCACCCUCGAGAAUGCUGAAUGUUCACCACUAAGCACAUUAAUCCAAAUAAUUCGGCCGUGUAAACCCUUGCUUUCACUGAUCCGAAAGUCUCUCCCGUCCGGUACCCUUUCGGAAUUCCGUGAAAAACAAAGCAACAAACUUCAAUCACGAACCCCAUCUUUCCUUGGGCAAUCUUAUUUAUUAGCCGAAAAAAAAAAUCCUUACUCCUCGCGGCAUCUUCUCCAAAUCACAUCCCCAUUAGGUUGAUUAACUGUUUUAAUUAUACGAACCGUAUUUCUUUCUUUCGGAAAGCCUUUCGUUCCGUCUCGAGUCUAUCCAAGAAUUCUAAAUUCACCCGGGGGCGGACCGAUAUUUGCUAGCAUUCGACGGCAAGCAAACUUCGAAAUUGAUAUUUUGAUCCGGUUUGUUGGCUCCUUCCUCCUUCCGGUUGGUUCCCGACUAAGCUGUCAAACCGUAAAAGUUUUCCACUACAUCACGUGUGCGACGGAGGUAACGAAAAAAGCAUAAUUCAAUUUAAGAACCCGCCACAUACUGGGCUUCGGCACCUCACGGCUGUAACACGGAGUGACACUCACUCGUGGAGAAAAGCUGCUGGUAAUGAAAUUUUGUGAAUCAGUACGGCAACAGCAACAACAGCAAAAAAAAAAGAAAAAAAUAAACAACAACAUUUCACUUCAAUCUACCUGACUGUCCCAAUCCCCUAGCGGGGACGAAACCUUACUCACUCUUCAUUAUGGAGACAUUGGCACUUGCAACGGCGAAUGUCGCCCGAAGAAAGUAACGCACGACGUCGGAGCGAAAAUCCGUUUUAAAAAUUUUGACACCACAUUUUCGCUCCGUUAAGAGGAUAUUUCCUCUUUUUUUUUGUUGUUGUUUCUCAGUAUACAAAUAGAAGAAAAAGACCCCUUUUCCGGCAAGUUGCACAAAGUUUUCUUUCCCUAACACGGAAAUAAGCACCGUGCACGUUCAUCAAUCAGGAUGAAGGAUUCCAGGUACGAUUAAUCUCGGAGAUCCGUCUGCUCCCGGCCCAUUUAAAAAUUCAUAAUGUGAAGUUUAAUAACCUUCUGUUACCGUGGGGGUAGAGUUGUGACGGAAUAGGUAGGAUCAUUAUCUAACCUCGUGGGAUUAAAUAACACACAGGGCCACAAAUUGGAAUAUAAACGAACGGUGCCGUGACACCCGGGAGUAUCACGAUGCAUGCGACCGGGAGCUGGGAAGAUGCCUGGACCCAAAUUGGAAGAUUAUCUCGCUAUCUCUGGUCGAGGGGUACGGCGUUGCGUGUUGUGAGUAAAUCAGAUUUUAAUGAGUGGCAGAGAGAUCGACAAAAAAAAAGUUUUGUACUCGUUUUCCCCGUUCUACCGCACCCUCCAGUACACUCUCCGGUCGACGUCGUCAUACUCCUGCGGUUACUGUCGUGUGCCACGGAUUUGAUCGAAUUUCCCGACGAAAGAAGGAAAUUAAAACUGUGUAAACGCUGAGUUUUAUGACAGUUUAAUGACUCAAUUUGCUAUCCGCCUGGCAGAUUUGUUUUAGGGGAACUGCCCUGCCGGUUGAAACCCACCGGGUCGCGGGGCUCCGGGAACGUUCCGAACCGAACCGGAGGAGGGUUCGGUGACUGUCAGAGCUUGCUGGAUGGAGCUCAUUUUUCCGCAAUUACUAUUUGAUGACGAUUAUGGUGAUAUUUUUUCCUGGUCCGGAGCCUUACCGAAUACGUAAAAUGCUUUCGUGAGGGGUUUUGAGAGAUAGCAUAUUUGCUUACCUUAGCAACAUGUUGAUUCAGUUUUGUAAAUACCACCAACACUUUGGUUUGUCAGUCAACUGUCGAACGUCGUUCAUAACCUACAAUGUUAAACUUGUAGUAGUGUAAUGGGAAAAAUGGUCGUAUUAAAAUGCCAUAAAUGUUUUCUUACCAAAGUACAAUGAAAUUGUUUACUCUAAGUGUGCCAUAACAAUUUGCAUUCCAUGUUUCCCAUUCACCUUCAUCUGAUGAAACAAUGUAUGUUUUCUGUGUCAUUAGAAAAUUUUUAUAAUUAGUAAUACUUUAAAUUGCGAAUAACGAAGUGUAAUCGAAAAAUGUAAUUGUUGCUUAUAUUUUCACGAUUUCUGCUUACUUAGUCCUACAACCGUAUGAAGGAGGCAUUUCCAUUCUACUCGCUAAAGGGAUGAAGGGUCGUUUGGGCGUAGAGUUGGACUUCCCAGCAGUUCUGAUGCAGUUCACUUCUUUUGUUCGAUCUGUCAAGUCCGAUCCGUCUGACAUCAGUUUUACGUCCGAUGUACGUUCCCUUCAUCUUCUUAAAGUUGCGUGUCAAAAUGUCUUUAGCAAUUUCCUGAGAACCGUGGAGAUAGAAUCCUCCAAGUCUUGUUCUUACACUUACCAUAGCAAUUUUGAAUAACUAACACGAACAACUUGCUAUAACCGUUAGCGAGAUUCAAAGGGAUUCGAGUUUAUACCCGGUACUUGAACGACGCACAUUACACGGUAGCUUCAUCGUAGCCUUGACCAAAUGAACGGAAAUGCGUAGUGAAUUGUUAUCGAUUAGCAGGAACAAAUCUGCCAAAAUCCAGAGAAACGUGCCACUCGAGCCAAUUUGUUCUGAUUCAAAACCUUCCCAUGGUAUUGUACGAUGUCUCUUGAUUCCGAGUUGAAAGUGUGGAAAUACUAAGAUUGGUCAUCCAUGCUAUUGCUGGUCAUCCGGUAAUUUUGAAACAAACACGAAAACAAAUUUACCGUUAUCGUAUUUAACACUAAUCAUACCAACACUUAAUAUAUAGGGGAGAGUGUUCGGUUACCGGCACCCUUUUCUUUUAAGAUUAUAACUUCUGACUAAGUGCACAUUAUUCCGGACAUAUAUACAUCAAUAGAAAGCUAAAGUCCCUAGCUAACAACUGAAUGAGAAACUUAGUUGAUUCAAUCGAUUGAAAAAACUUUAUUAUCAAUUUAGUAAAGUAAUAAAUUUUGGCCAUUUCAAAAAAGGUGUUGGGGCACCCCAAGAAAUUUUGCUAAAAAUGGAAAAUUAUAAGUAAAGACUGCAACAAUUCAAAGAAAAAACGGAAUUUAUUCUUUUCAGAGGCGUUUUGGACAAAACUCUUCAUUGUCUGAUGGUGACUUCGCCUUGGCUCUCUUGGUCAAUGAUUUGGAUUGUGGCGCCAUUGGUGUUGAUUUGGCCGGUCUUCCACCGGCUUCGCGGGAUUGAAUACGUUGCUGCAGUCGAAUUUAUUGGCUUCUUAUCCACUAUGCCACGUUUAAUGGCAUUAUUCAGUGCAUUAAAGUUAAUUUUCCUUGACUUGGACGAUUUGUUUGAAGUCGCCAUGGCUAACAGAACCAGAAAACCAAAGUUUUUAUUUAUAUGACGGAUGUAUUGAAGCCGUCAAGUUGUCCACAUGUUGCAUAUCACCAGAGAUGCCGGGUAAUACAAUAAGUUUAGCUAGCAAAAACGAAAAUAUCGCGCCAAUUUUCAAAAGUCUAUAAUUUCUGUCGAAUAUCUGCCAACCAUCGAUCUUUUUAAAGUCUGAAAAAGUAAACGAAAAAAGGUUUACAUGUUAACUAAGAAAUUUGAUAAUUUACAAACAAAUGUGCAGACUCGGCAUAUCUGCAUAUCAUUGACAAUUUUUCGCGAUUUGUCGGAAAAAAUGAGGUGCCGGUAAUAAAAAUCGGUAGACAUUUUGAAAAUGACAAAACAAAUCUUCGGUUGCGAAAAUUUUGAUAGCAUCCGGUAUUAGCGAUUUUACCUCAUAAAUAUUCAAUCCACUCAGCUUUCCGAUUGAUGCUCUUCAAUUUAUGAUACUAUAAAAAAAAGUCAGAAAAACUUUUGUGUUGAUUUUCACGCAAAUACAAUUUUGUUUGAACGCAGCAAAAAGUACAAGCGUCUGUUUGCUUCGGUAUUCGGCCCAAAAAGAACGUGCUGUUAUUACACACACACAUGACAUUUGUCGAAAUGACGCUAUCUGCUUUCUGUCAAAAGUUACGGUGGGGUGCCGGCAACCGAACAUCUUCCCCUACCUAUUGGUACCAUGCCCGGUCAAAUGUUCCCUUAUUAAAUGUCAAAAAAUGUAUGUUAGAAGCGAAAUAAUAAUAAACAAACAUCUAAGGGAGUACCCUAGUGUGACGGACGUUUUUAAAUGCUUUUGAGGAUUUUUUUGCUGAAAAAACAAAAACGUGAGAACAAAAACAAUUAUGUUUCAUAUCUGUUUGGAAUACAUUUAAACAAUCUUUGGAAAUUUUUUAAGGCCAUCACACGGAAUAUUUUCGGAGGUACCGAGAUCAACAGGAACAAAUAUAAAAGUAGAGAUGCGUCACUGCUGUCAUUAUCCCGGGUGUUCUGAGUAUCAGAAAUUAAAAAAAAAACAAGAUGCUAUUUUAUUCGCAACGCUUUAGACUUUGCACAGAACUAAAAUAAAAAAAAAACCUGCCUUAAUCCACCUAGUGGUGUGAAAAAGCCUAUCUCAUGUCAAUCAAGCAGUCCCAGUAUUAUUAUUUUUCUCGGAGAAAAUUUUUGACACGUAGUCAGGAAGAUCCAGCAAUAUCCAUUUUGAUUCGGGUAAUUCACAAAACUGCACUUCAACGCGAGUGUGAUUUGUCGGUUGCGUCAAUUAUUUGGUUAUAUCUCAGGAACCGGAAGUGGCGGCCAUGUGCCCAUCGAAUUUUAUCAAUGACCCAAUAGUAGCUUUCAAACGAGCCUUAGAUAGAGAAAAUCGGUUCAGUCAUCUUCGAGAAAAUUGAGCGGAUAGAAAAGAAAAACAGUCACUUUUGCGAUUAUAUUUCCGGAAUCGGAUGCGUUCGCCAUUUGCCAAUCGAACUUGAUUAAUGACCCAAUAGUAGCUUUCAAACAAGCCUAAGAUAGCUGAAAUCGGUUCAGCCAUCUGCGAGAAAAUUGAAUCUAUAAAAGUACACAUACACACAUUCAUACACACACAUACAUACACAGACAUGUUCCGAUCGCGUCAAGCUGAGUGGAAUUGUGUAUAACAAUAGGAAGCUUCCUGGCUCCGAUCAAAAGUUAGUUUUCCCAGUAAAUCUAUAUUCUUUCUUAAGAGAAAGGCAAAAACAUUCUUCCGGUCAAAUGACCGGUUGUGGCAAGAAUCGGCAUACGACAUGUAUUGAUCAAAAUAUACAAAUCACAAAAACAUAUAAUAUAACUAUAUAUAAAUUAGUCAUGAAAUAAAAUUCGCGAAAACAGUAAGUUGAUACGUGCAUUUUCAAUGCCAAACUUCAUGGUAUGUUUAGUGUUGAAAUAUCAUCGAAUAAACUACGAUAUAAUCUUUUGAAAUUAUCACUACGAUUUAUGAUCAUCGUUAUCAAACCUAUGCACAUUUUGAACUUAAUUGGCUUAUUCUUCCAUCACAAAUAUUCAUACGUCAACGUUGUAUUCGUAGUCCCGUGUCACGCAAAACUUGAGAAGACCAUGUUUAACAAUUUGUUUCUUACUCUUCUAACCUACACAUAAAAAAAUUACAAGUAGUGUAAUCUAGAAAUGUGCGAAACAGCGAUGUCAGAUCUACGGAAAUCUCCGUAGAUCUACGGAUUCGAACAUUUUCUACGGAUCUACGGAUCCGUAGACAAAAAAAAAUUUAUCAACGGAGAACUACGGAAACAAGUUUUGUCUGGCGAGCAAAAAAAAAUAAAAGCUUUUCACCGUGUGAGCUUCCGAGAAAAAUUCCAAUCUACGGAAAUGACACUACUACUAUCUGGCAUCGCUGGUGCGAAACAGCUCAUACCGGUGAGCAGCUCCGGACGGAUCAGCUCACUAAAGUGAGUCGAUUCAAUGCAUUAGCUCAUCAGCUCAUUUAGAUUGAACUGAAGGUUAGUUUUGAGCGCCGUUUCUCUUAUUCCGUUUUUCUUUCAUAUGCAUGAUCGAAAUCAUUAAUACACAAAGAACAAUGCUUUGCGAACUAAUUUGUGUGCGAAUCAUUAUUAUGUCACAUUUGUUGGCAUCCCUGAAUGUACCUUAGCCUACUGAGUGAGAGGUAAGAUUUCUUAUUGACAAUGGCUCAUUCAAUCUGUUAAAGAAGGAUAACAUUUGGUAGAACGAAUGAAAGCACACAUUACUUCUCAUUUAGAACUCGCUCUUCAAGAGCCGAAGAUCCGUUCAGCUCGUAGCUUGUUUCAGCUUGUUUCCACCGUACCAGUGCGGUGAACUGGUGAGCUGCGGUUCUUUUAAAAAGAGCUGUGAGCUGUCAGCUCACUUUGAAGAUUCGAUUCACUGGAACAGCUCUUCUUCUUCUUCUUCCUUUCUGGUUGGCGUCACCUCACUUGAGAUGACGCCGAAUUGAUGGCACAGCAACUAAGGCUAUAUUGCCAGUUAAUUUUCGUUUAUAGUCCAGUGGACUUUCUUUUCACUUGACUACAAGCGAAAAUCUCGCUGUGUGGCUGCGUCGAAUCGUCAAAGUACGGCUGAAAAUCCUUUCUUUCUUGCGAAAUACUCGAAUUUUCCCCGGACUAACACGAUGCAACGUGCUCACCCGUUGAGAGUUUCACCGGAAGUGACUGGAACAGCUCAGGAGCGAAUUGCCCAUCUCUAGUGUUGUAAUCCAGUGAGACUGUAUUUGUCAAAUGUUACUGGUUCCGAAUGAAAUUUCCAUUCGGCUAGCAAGUGCAUGACUGCAUGAAUUUAUCAGCUAAGAAGAUCUGUGUGCUUCUGUGGAUCAUUCGAUUAACGGGCAUACUUUGUAAUUCAAUGAUUGUAGGUUCAAGUUGCCGCUCACGCUAUCAGUAUAUUUUAUUAUUUCAAUGAAUUUCAUGUUAUGGAAUUUUCCCAUCACACACAAUAUUAUACGUUAUUGCACGUAAAUUGGAGUGAACUGCGACGCUCUAUCAAGGUGCAUCUUAUAAGAUGUUAAAUUAUAAAGUUUUUUCGAAGUGUGUAACACAACAAAAGAUUAUGAAAUUUUCAAAUUUCUGAUGAACGCUGUAGAUAUUUAUUAACUCGCAGUUUCAUUUAUUCUUAAAUGCAAAAUGGACAUUUUUUAUUUUCGUGUACUUGACUUUCAUUUUGUUGGCUAAAAACGCCAUUGAAGCAGUUUUAAAAAUCUGCUUGAAAAAUUUAACCUGGCAUCCCUGAUGUGAAUGAGACAUGUAUCUUUUUGUACUAAUAUGUGUGCGAGAAAAAAACGUGACUGUCAAAAUUUUAAGCGCUAGAGUCUAAGACUUCUCAGCAUUUGCAACAAUAACACAGAUUUUUAAACAGUUGUUCAUCAUGGUUACUACUUUGCAAAACUUAUAAACAGUUACAGUUUACAGUUUAAUCCGGACUCAAUGACUCGUAGUACAUAUGAGUUCACCUAGUCUACUGCACUUGUAGAGCAGUUGAAUAGCUACCAUUUCUUCAGCUGGACUCUACGUGGGCAAAGUGAGCCUUAUCGAUUUGCCACAGUCCAUGUCAAUAGGGAAUUGGAUGAGAUUCUUCGACAACAAAAGUUGCUGUUCGUUACAUAAGUAAGCUCGGGCACCAGGGACGUAAUCCCUGUAUAAUUUAUAACAUUACGCUACUUGUGCUCAAGGUAAGACGGCUACGCAUUGAUGAAUGAAAUGUAUAUUAAUCUUAUUAGUCUUAUUAUGAUACGAUCGGUGAAGUGCGCUAAGUUCUGAUCUAAAAGAAAUAAACAUGCUAAAUUUGGUUUCAGUAAAACUACAAACCAAACGAAACUAAUAAUGUUGUUUCUUUUCAGCGAAUGUAAUGAAGUAUGACAGCGGAGCUCACUUUAAUUAUUGAAAGAUUUAAUUAAAUGGAAAUUGAGAGGGUUUGCGGAAAAUGAGGUUGAGUCACCCUAUUGAUUCCAAGCACAAACACUCUACUCUAGACAACCAACCACUUGCCGUCUUUCGCAAGGAAAACAACAGUUCUAUUCUAUAACCUAUUCCGUACCUAUUUCUUCGCAGCCUUGGAAAAAUUCUAAUUCGGUAUACAACAGUUGGAAAAGUUCGCACAUUUUACGAGCAUUGCUCCAUUAAAUUUGAAAAGGGAUGCGCGUUGCCAGCGGAAGGAGAAAGUUAGUACUUCCAUUUUGGAUAUACGAUCGAUAUAGUAGGCACCUGUUUCCAUUCCUUCACCCGGAUCCCAGAGUGCGUGUUGGACCGUAGCUCGGUCCGGGAUUUUUCCUGCUCCAGUGAAAUGAAGAGAUUUAGCAGCAGUCAGUCAGUUGGGUGAUUACUGCUGGGUGUAGGCUAAAUUACUAGAUAUCCAUCAUCAUCAAUUCUAAUUAGUGCGAGUAUGACGGAAGCGAGUUCGGAUUUACUCUACCGAUGCUAUGACGAAAAGAAGACCAGAUUCUGGCACAAUUUUGUUCGAUUUUUGAAAAGAAAUUUGAAGAUAAAAAAAAUUGGCCAGUUCACGCUCAUUCUCCCGCACUGUGUCGUUAUGUGGGCGGGGGACGGAUUCGAACCGAAUCGUCAUUCGGUUGCUGUCAGAUUUUCCAGACCGAAUUACGAGAAUGGCGGUGGAGGAAAAAAAAAGAUGAUAUACGAUGUGCGCUCACGGAAAACGCUCCAAGCAACUCUGGCAGCAUCAGGUGGUUUAAAAUUUUGACUAAUGGUACGGUGAUCGAAAAAAUAAAAUGAUUAAUGGGAUUUCUCCGCUCCGAGUCCGCUCAUUUUUGACUGUGAAAUUUUAUAGCUCUGAUGAACAGUUUUUGGUCUUCUGUGAGUAAUACUUUUGUUGCACUAUUAGACAUGGAUCUUCACAAUUAUACAAGAUUGAUGAGCAAAGAAAGUUAAUCCUCCUAAUCAGUUUCCGAAGGGUGUUCAUUCGGAUCAGAGAAGUUUCAAACGAUAAACUUACACCAGAGAUAAAGAACUGUAGAUGAAAGUUACUAAAGCAAGCAAAAUUCUAACCGCAAAUUUGUCAAAAGAUAUGGUGCUAGGUAAGGAUAAUCAGUUAGUCUCACCGUGUCAAAGGAAACUUCAUGUAGGAAAUUCAAUAUCGUAAUGGGAGAACGAAAAUUUUGACUAAAUUCGAUGAGUGUCGCCUGCGAGAAUGUCAAAAUCGAUUACAGAAUACGAAGGGUUUGGAUGUUACGACGGCAAAGAAGCGUCACACCCUUAUACCUUCUACAUACAAGUUGGCGAAAUCCCUAAAUAUUCAAUAACGGGAUCUUUAAUAGCUUCACAUCAAUAUGUUUCCAUCUUAAUAUUAUAUAAAACAACACUCGACUCACCUGCAGUGAGAUAAUGCCAUGGGAUAUCUGUUUAAAGCUUGAAUUAGAAAAAUGUCAAAAAACUAAGCAGGAUCCUAUUUUAAAAACCGGGAAUUUUUAUCUUACAAACCGGUAAAAAACAGGGAAAUUGAAAUCUUCAAUCGACUUGCCACUCCAAAAAAUUUAAAAAAAUCCCUGUUCAUCGAAGUAGUUGUGAUGGCGGGUUGCGAAACUUUACCGCAGCCACAAACAGCUAGCCAAACCAUUGCUUUCUUACCAAAUUCUUCGACUUAAACCGAUAUCCUGGACAGGUUCAAUACUUUUCCUUCUCGUACCGUAUAAUAUUAUAGCCCUGGCAAGUGUUUGAAACCUUAUUUCUCGUAAUAAUUAUACAGCUUGAGUUCCCAGCAAGCACAUCGCAUCGUACAACUUUUAAAUUCGAAACCUAAUCGAAGCAUUUUGUUUCCGACUGCAUUUUGAUUGCUUUUGCUUCUUAUAAAUUCAAAGAUUAGCACGAAAAACAUUUGACUUCAAAUAGCAAAUUUGAAUUCUUGCACUGAAUCCUUUUCUCAUUUUGCUAGAACGCCAUCAGUGUACGUUUAUCCUAACGAAGGAAAGCAGAACCUUCUCCUCUGAUUUGACUCCUCUGGUCUUAACUUCACCGAACUUCAUAAUUGCUCUUCGUCCUGCCACUUCCAUUUACUUCUUCCAUUUGUGCUAUCUUUUUCGGUUACAGUUCGAAAUCUAUAGCACCAUUUGGGCACAAUGUUUUGACGUUGUUCUACUGAAAGUGCACAUAUUAAGAAACAAACUGAUGGAAGUAAAUCAUAAAUAAAUAAACGACUACACCAUUGGUGUCGCGCGACAUAAUUUACGGGUUGUAUUUCAAUACUUCAAAAUAACAAUAUACUUUUGGAACAGCAUUAUAAAUUGAACUUCGGCGCGUCAAGCAAAUCAGUCAAUAUAUAUUAAUCAACAAAGCUGCUUCGACAUUAAAACUGAGAUAUCUUUUUUUUCAAGUGUUCCAGUUUUAGAUGUAUAAUUUAUGUCACUUUUAAAAUUUAAACCUAUAAAUCAUAACCAGAAAAACUGGUAGCCCCAGCAGCGUUUUAGUCGUGUUUAAAAUAUAUGAAAACCAGUUGGAAAUUUGACAGUAGAACUGUUCGAAUAAAUAAAACUAAACCGGUUUGCUGGAGAUACGUUCGUUCCAGUUUUAGUUCUAUUAUAGAUCGCGCAUAUAAAACUCCCAGCUGCUGAAUUUGCUCUUAGCAUAAGCCAUUGAAGCCUCCCUUUUUCCAUCGUUCAAUUUGCGCAAGAUUUAGAAUCCUCUAUCAGUUGACGCUGUGGAUGAUGACAACGUCAAAAUUAGUCUGCUGAGCCGAAUGAUUUCUGCGAAAAACAUCUUCUAAGUUGCUUACCAAUUUCCAAAAUUGUUGGCACCUUAUUUUCGUGAACUCUGACCAAACUCGACAAUACAUUCACUAAGCUCGUUUUUUUUUGGCAACUGGCAUAAAUAUCUCGAGAAUAUUGUACAAUCAAGUAGGAUUAGGAAAACUUUACAGUUGAAAAAUUGUACUUCUAGUUUGAUUCGCGUACGGUCGAUUGAAGCCGUUCUAUACCUAAGCGUUCCACGACUGCCAAACGGUUUUCAGACGGAAGUCGUUUACACCGAUCUUUCCUCCUACUUCGAUAAAAUAUAUCAUAACAUCACACUUGCAAAACUGGAUCGACUUGAUGUAGAUACAAACGUCCUAUGGUAAAUGUAGUCAAUCGACAUCUUCUGGUUAAAAUUAACGAUUAUAUGUUUGAGAAGGUUUUUAUUGCAACAUCUGGACUUCCGCAAGGCAGUCUUCUAAGCCCUUUGGUCUUUUUGCCGUACUUUAACGAUGUUAAUUUUUCGCUAGUAGGACCGCAGUUAUCUUUCUCAGAUGACUUCAAAGGAUGGCCAAGUAUUUUACGCAUGCUUGAAAUCCCUAAACUGUUUACUGGUUCGUUUUACUCUGGAAUAUUGUUCAGUUGUUUGGAAGCCUUUCUACCUCAAUGGCACUCACAUAAUCGAGUCGAUACAGCGUAGAUUCAUCCGUUGUGUUGAUGUUGGCAGCACUCUCUCUGAUUUGAAUAAAGCUUUCUGGACAAGUAGAUUUUGUGUCAAAAAACACUGAAUAAGGAGUGUAUCGAAAAGUAGUUAGCAACAUUGAUUAUUGAAUAAAAAAGCAAAAAAAAAACAACAUAUUUUGACAUCAGUUUUCGAUAUAUUGUAGAAAAAUUACAUUUUUAUGCAUUUCACUGAUUAUAUUGAAGAAAAUCCUAGUUUCUGUGAAACGCUCGCACUUUGGACUUGACAUUCUUCAUUAAAUUCUGCACAGUUACUUUUGUGACUUUCCUGGUGGCAGCUGUCCAGUUUUUUUUAACUCCUGCAUGUUUUGUACCUUCCUUCCGAAAGUGCCGCUUGACAAUUGCCCAAUACCUUUCAAUUGGCCAAAGAUCCGGGCAGUUCGGUGGGUUGAUGGCCUUUUCCACGAAUUGUAUAUUAUUUUUUAACAACCACUGUAGAACGGAGUUGGCGUAGUGGGAUGAAGCCAAAUCCGACCAGAGGAGAGGAGGAGCCUUAUGCUUUCUGUACAGUGGCAGCAUUCUCUUCUUCAAACAUUCUUCCUCAUACACAUUGGCGUUAAUUGUGCCCUUCGUGAAGAAAAUCGACGACCGCAAACCACAGGUACAAAUUGCUUGCCAGACCAACAGCUUCUGCCCAAACUUUUCAAUCCCCACCGUGGUGUCAGCGUCGUCCAGGUCCUGGUACAUCGAUUUCGUAUAAUAUUGCGUUCCGGGCAGCGCUCGAGAGUCUUCCUUGGCGUAGGUUUCGUCAUCGAUCAGGAUGUAUUCGUCUUUAUUAUGUAGAAUCCGGUUAUACAGCUUUCGCACUCUGGUUUUGGCCUGAACUUGCUGUACCAGGGACUUUUUCGGCACCUUCUGUUUCUUGUACGUUUCCAGGGAGCUCCGAACUUCGAUCCGCUGAAUCAUCCCGAUGCUGGUGUUGAACUGCUUGGCCAAAUCCCGCGUCGACGCCGAUGGGUUUCAAGUCCCAACCGGGCUGGCUGGGACCCGUUUUCCUACCGGAUCAUGGCAAAUUUUUCAUGCAAAGGGUCUUACCGAACUUCUCGAUCAUAUUUUUGACACUGGUGUGGUCCACUUUCACCCGUUUUGCAAUUUCGUUGUACGUGACACCACUUUCUGAGCACCAAGUGUGCAGAAUUUUCUUUCGCGUUUCCGGAUCAUUUCGACUCAUCAUUGAAACGAUAAACCGUACCGAAACCAAUCGAUUGCGCAGCUUUUAUUGACGUGUAAACAAACAUGUCACCGCCAAACACGCUGCAAAAAUUUAAGCCAUUUCAGAGUAAUAACUGUUUGAAUGUUGCUAACUACUUAUCGAUACACUCCUUACUUUGUUUUUUUCCAAAAUUGAUCCAAACUGUCUUUUUAAAAGGGCCAAACUUUUUCAACGAAUUGUUUUUCAAAGAGCUAUUGUCGAAAAUGAUAAAUCCUACAAAAAAGAGUUAUAAAAGUAAUUUUCAAAAGUCAGUUCAAUUUGUAAUAAAAUUGCUGAAAAAAAUCCUUAUCGAGUUCUACACUGAAAAAAAUUAACUAAAAAUUUAAAAUCGAUUUACAAAAACAAACCAUUAUUGAUUUUGAUAAGAUUUUGUCCCAAGUUAUAUAUCUAAAUCCCUUGCCAACCGAUCAUACAUCGCAAGAUAGGCUCAUUUUAGGGAAAAAAAAGUUUUUUAAACAAAAACUAUUUCUUGUUUGGAAUGAGUUUUUAUCCAGUCUUUUUAUCAAAAACAGAACUAAACUGAAAGUCAUAAUCAUCCAAAAUUCCAAAGAAUUUCAAUUUUUGAGAAAAUUUUACCGAAUACCCUGUUAUUAGUUGCCCGAUAUUUGCAGAAAGUGUCAGUGCUGGAUAAGAAAAAGUUUUUGUUGUAAAAACUUUUUUCCCUCCAAAACGCCCAUCUUAAAAUAUAUGAAAGGUUAACAGGAAACAUAACAUAAUUAUCCAUGUUGGAACAAAAUUUCAUUCGAAUAAACAACGACGAUCUCUUUGCAAUUUGGCUUAAAAUUUUCUAAAUUCGAGUUUUUUCAGUGUAAAAUUCCAUUAGUAUUUUUUUUUCAGUAUUUUCAUUGCAAAAAAUUGUCUAGUUAUUUUCAAAAGAAAAGUCUAGAUAAAUUUUGGAAAAGUAAAGUGAGAAAGGUUGGCUUUUUGUGAUAAAGUGUAUAUGCUGACAACCAGGGUUGCAAACGGUACUGGAGAAUGACACGAAACAGCAGACAUUCAAACUGCGUAAAUGACAGCAGUCGCCGAUUGUACUUCGCCACGACUGCAGAAGAUGAAAAAUGUCGUAGGUCUCAUGACAUUUUCUCUCGUGAAUGUCGCCGUUUGCUCUCAUCGAUAACUGUUCUAAUCUUUUCAAUCUGAGAAUGGCUAGCCACAAUAAACAGUAGCUCCUUCCAAAUUCAACAACUUUCGAGAGGCAGUCGCCAACAAGGCUUAACUUUGAAAUUCAUUUUAUGUCGAUUCUCAUGAGGUGUAGGGGGACAUGCACAAGAAAGUCUUGCUUCCCAAUGCAGACGGUUUUUUGUGUGUAUCCUUACGUGUUUUGUUUCUCUGCACUCCCAUUGGAAGGAAGCGGUUCAGUGAGAAAAGCAAAGUAAAUGCUUUGACUUCCAGAAUUUGGAUGCACUUUUUCGAUCAAACAAUUGAAGCCCGUUUAGCAUGAACCAGAAUUGUAGAAGUAAUAGGAGCGCAAAACUUAUUGUCUCUGCUGUAAGAUUUCUUGCCUUUGCGUCAUAUUAGAAAGGCAGAAGCUGCGCUCCUGAUACUUCGUGUAUGAAAUUUAUGUAAAUAAUUGUAAUAUUUUUGAAACAUCUGCAUGAACAAGCUUUGUGAUUGAAUUUUUUCAAAACUGUAAUUGAACCGGUAAUAAAAACACCGCCGUUCGCAUUAAAUUUAUCGCCACAGAUCAAUCACAGCGGAUAUAACAGUCCCGUUAUGAAAAUGUCAUGACAUUUUGAGCUAGUGACAUUCUCGAAACCCGUGACCGAAAAUGAACAAAGCAGCUACUUAUCCAGCAUGUACCUACACUACCACAAAGCGAACGCUGUGGCUUGACUGCUGUGAGAGAGUGCGACAAAAUUAACUGCUCUCAAUAUUGCUGUCGUGUGUCGUGGCUCUCAUAAUUGCGCCAAGCUCUCGUGUCAUUGCGAGUUGGCUACUGUUGAACGUAGCAGCUGCGCAUAUCGUUGGCAGUGACUGUCUUAUGCUUGGCAACAGUAUAAAAAAAUGUCAAAUUUUCGCACCCCUGCUAACAACUCCGAAUACGAUUUUGCGCUAAAUUCGAUAAAAUAAAAUCGGUUUUCAAAAUUUAAUGUCCAUUUACAAAAAAAAGAACACCACUUUCGUAUUCAAUGAAACUUUGUCUCAAGGUAGGUUAUUAUGUUCCCUUCCAACCGUCCAUGUAUUAUAAGACGGGCAGUUUCAGCACAGGGAACAGACAUCCAAGUAGAGAUUUCAAUGUGUGUAAGUAAUUCAACGGUUGUUUCAAAAAGCAGUCACUAAUGCCGUUUUUCAUUGAAAAACACUGGUGGCGUGGAUUGCUCUGGUUUUGCACUUUCGAGCAGAAAUGCAACAUUCUGACGGUGUUUCAUUGCUGCUCGAAAGUGCAAAACCAGAGCAAUCCACGCCACCAGUGUUUUUCAAUGAAAAACGGCAUAAGUAGCAAUUCUCCUGUAGUGGCGCUUCGAAAAGCCCAACAGUUGCUUACGGGCUCUUGUGUUCGAGCUUCCAUACAAUGGUAAUUAAUGCGUGCAAAGUCGUAUGCAACGGUGAUUUUUAACGGAUUUUCACUUGUAUGCUUUACACAGCUUUUGUGGAUGUCUGUUCUUUGUGGUUUCAGGAAACUUAAACUUCUCUUGUCAAUUACUGAUACUUUUUGCAAAUAUCGGGCCACCAGUAUCCUCUCUCAAAUUGAGAUUCAGUUAAUUCUCGGAUCAUAAAGACUUUCAGUUUAGUUUAGUUUUCGGUAAAAAGACACUUUUAAAUUUUUUUGAUCUAUAGUUAUUUUUGUAAACUGAUUUCAAAUUUUCUAAGGUAAUUUUUUUCAGUGUGGGAGUCGAUAUGGAAAUUUUUGAGUAUUUUCAUUGGAAAAUUCGACUGAUUUUGUGAAAAUCAAUAGUACAAUACUAGCAUAAUUUUUAUUGCUAUAAAAAUAUAUAAGAAUCGACAAUUUUUGCAAAAUAGCACCGGCAUUAGACUGUGUUCAUACUGUGUGAGACAGCCAUCAAUUGAUUCUCAGAAACACAUUUUAUUAUUUCAGUGUUACUUGCCAUGAAUAAUUUGAGCUCAUAUUCAAAAUGAAGUCGUUAGUUCUUGAAUCUGGUGGAACGGACCACAUUUGUAAUAUUUUUUAUAAAACUUUCUAUGAUUCCCUAACAACAAGUAUAGUUGUUUAAUAACCAUUCAGUAUGGAUUCGAAUCAGGUCAAUCCAUGCCAAAAUUACUCGAACACCAUUAUCGAAAAAUAGAGCUACCAGCAACUCCAUCCAUGUUCCGAUGUUUCGAGGAACAAGGAACGGAAAGGGAUCCUGGUCCCUGAGGAGGGAAUCGCCAAAUGGCUUCGUCAUGAUUAUUAUUACUUGCAGUGCAACUUUCGGGAAGCCAACAGACUGACAACGAGUCAGUUUCAACUCAGAUCGGCUGUACCGUUUCGAAAAUCGAAAAAAGAAAAAGUUAAAGCGUACAACCCAUCAAUUUCCAUUUCAUCGCGCUUUUCACGGAUCGGGCAAAGUUAAGCUUCUGUACAAACACCCAUCUGUCGGUCCAUCCGUCUGGCAGUCUGGCUGGAUGUGUGUCGGUCGCUUGAACUCGCAUUUCCGACAGUUCCCUGCGGGCUGUGGUCGGUGCGCAGCAUGCGAUAUUGAUAUUUGGUUUUUCAUUCCCACUUUCGGUUCGGAGUUCUAAUUGGAGUUUUUCCCCCCAACGAGCUGAACUUUGCUUAGCGCUAACUUCCGUUGCCAAUGACUAACAUGAUAGCGUGAAAUUGUUAGAAAUAUGAGAUGAAAUUGAUCCUCCGCCGGUUGCAAACAUAAAUAUUGUUAGCAAUAUGGGGAAAGAAAAAAAAAACUAUAUCGCAUAAGUUCAAAGUGCCGUUCGUCAAACGUUGCCGGUAAUCGCAUCGCAGUCAGUCGCCAGUUCCCGCAAACUUUUUACGUGUCACGUUUUAAUUUUAAUCCUGGAAAGCGGUAGUACAAAUCAUCGACGUGCUUUUUUUCCUGAUCGAAUUACAAAAUAAAAGAUAAACACGAAAAUAUCCCGCCUAUCGGCUACAACCAAUCGAAUUUUGGUUUUUAUUGUAACUUUCAACUUUUCAUUUCUUACAUUGUCUUUUAAAGAUUAGUGAGUAAGGAUUUUUUUUGUGCUUUAGGUUUAGCAUGUAAGCAGCGAUAGGUGUCACGUUGAAGGGAGAAAAACUCUCCUGUGCUGGAAACGAUCUUGAAUAGCCUUGCUGGGCUUCUAUAAUAAAUGAAAUGAAAUACUUCAACUUACUUAGAGUAAGAUCAAACUAUCGAGACUUUUUGCGUAUGAAUAAGCUGUCAAAAUCUUGAUAAUAAUUUAUAGUUUUUAGAACAGAAACUACAAGCGUUGCUAUAAGAACGACUAAAUGUAAGUUGCAUUAAAAAUAGAUCACGUAAAUACUUUCUAGAUGGUUCACGUUAGCGUAUGAGAAUCACUUGCAUACGAAUCCAGUUUUAAUCCAAUCCAAUUCAAUGUAUUUAAUCACCUUAUGCUCUAUCGAGAACAAGUAGACAUUUUUGCGCAUGGAUAUUUCAACCAAAUUACCAAACCAACCAAUAAUAAUUAACGAAAUUAAGUGUUUAUAAUCCAAGUUCAUUGACUGUUAAAUCAACCCCAGGCCACAAAAUACGACGAAUAUUAUCAAAACAAAACAAAAAAAAAACAAUGCAACAAGUAAAUACUUAUUUCAUGUAAACAGAGCGUAAAAAUGAUUUAAUAAAGGUAAAUUCUGAGAUAAAUUGGAACAAUUAGCCAAAAAAAACUGCUCGUUUGUUUUGUUGUAUUCCACACCACAGCCAGCAGAUGUCCAGAUCGACGGUCAAAGUUGUGUAAAAAAAAUUCAGAGUAGUACGCCUACAAAAUUAUGAUAAGUUUGAACUGGAUGAUGAUCGGACAUUCACACACCUUGCCGGAGCAAGUCUCUCCCGGUUCUGGAUGUCUGGAUGCUGUGUUCACACUAACACUUCUAGACUCUAAGUGUUUUUUUCCAGAAAAUCGCCGACUCUACGGAACUUUGCCGACUAUUCCUACCAACCACGCCACUAAACCAAGUUUAUCACAACAACUAUAAAAACCACCAAACUCCACCACGAAAAGAAAAAGGUUCGACCUUCUUUUCAGUCUUGUUUUUCUUCAUUCACACCAGCCCACAAUCCGAAUCCCAGUGUGUUGUCAGUGGAGCGCAAAAGCACAUCCCAAAACAAACAAAAAAAAAACAAAAAACAAAACAGCACCGAACGCAUCGUUAUCCGAAAAAUCAAAACCCCUAAUCAUUGUUUCUUUUCCAGCUUCCCGGUUCCAGCAAAUCCAGCAUCAAACUAUUCUCCUCAAAUAGAAUUCGAAGCGUGAAAAAAAAACGAUAAACAACCCGCACAUCACCAUAACAAUCACCAACUAGCAUCUCUCUUUCACUCUCUCUCUCUCUCUGUCUCUCGCUAUAUAUUUUCAUUUAUUUUUUUUUUCGAAUUUAUUUUUCAAAACAUCCACCAAACAUCAGUCGCAACACACUACCUCUAGCCACUCUAUCACAGCCUUCUGAACCGAACCCAUUUCUCGCACUAAUUCAUGCAUUUCCAGAAAGAUUCUUCCGAAACCAUCCAAAAACCAAGUAGAAACAAAAAAAAAACAACCAAACGAUGGCGCGAUUUCCCUCCAACGCGCGUGGAAAUCAUUGAAAUCUCCGUGGUUGCUCCUACGAAGGCGCGCGCACCGCACCCGCAAAAUGUAACCGCACUAACCUGGCCAAUGUAAAUAAGUACCCUUCCCUUGAUUACAGUUUCGUUUUUGUUUUUUUUUUCUUUAAAUAAAUGUAGAUAAAAUAAUUUAUUUUAUUUUUAAUGCUGUGAACCCU